ACAGGGGAGGGGCUGGCCCUUGCUAAUGAGCAAGUUGGCAAGGCGAGACAGGAACUUCAUUCCCCUCUGUGUCAGGAUCCCAGAAAUUAUGCCCCUUCUCUCACCAUGAACUGGCUCUCGAGUUCCUCGGGAGUUGUGCUAACUGCUUACCACCCCAGCGGCAAGGACCAGGUCGCUGGGGACAGCCAUGCAAAGGGAGGCGACGAAGCCACCUCCAGUCGCAGAUAUGGCCAGUACACCAUGAACCCAGAAAGCUCCACCAAACUUUCAGAGAGACCUCCAUUCGAUCGAUCGAGUUCUCAGGAUUCUUUGGAUGAAGUGUCAAUGGAAGCCUAUUGGACAGAACUAGAAAACAUCAAGAGGUCUACUGAAAACUGCCAAGAAGGUCAAGAGGCCAUAGUUGUCAAAGAGCCUGAUGAGGGAGAACUGGAAGAAGAAUGGCUCAAGGAGGCGGGUCUGUCCAAUCUUUUCGGAGAGUCGGCCGAUGACUCUCAGGAGAGCAUCGUGUUUUUAUCUACGCUGACCCGGACUCAGGCAGCAGCCGUCCAGAAACGGGUAGAAACGGUCUCCCAAACCCUGAGGAAGAAAAGCAAACAGUACCACAUUCCUGACGUCAGAGACAUAUUUGCUCAACAGAGAGAGGCACAAGAAAAAUCUCCAGAUGACUCAGACUUGCGGUCAGUCGGAACAAAGGAAAACGAAGACCAAGGAAAAGAUGACCAGCCAUCUAGUGGGGCUGUGGAUAACAAGGAGCCGAUCCCACGGGUGCCUGAGGACAUACCUGCGUCUGAAACAGAUAUCAAUCUGGAGGUGUCCUUUGCGGAACAAGCUGUCAAUCAGAAAGAGCUCAGUAAGGAGAGGAUGCAGAAGACGAGAGGAAAUGAUGCCUCUUUACCCAGUUUCAGACUGCCUAAAGAUAAAACAGGUACAACAAGGAUUGGAGACUUGGCACCUCAAGACAUGAAGAAAGUUUGCUAUCUAUCCCUGAUCGAACUCACUGCCCUGUAUGAUGUAUUGGGUGUGGAACUCAAACAACAGAAAGCUGUGAAAAUCAAAACCAGAGACUCUGGUCUUUUUGGUAUUCCUUUAACUACAUUGUUAGAACAAGAUCAAAGAAAAGUGCCUGGAACACGAAUACCCUUGAUCUUUCAAAAACUGAUUUCUUGCAUUGAAGAAGGCAGUCUGGAAACUGAGGGCCUCCUGCGGAUACCAGGAGCAGCCAUGAGAGUCAAGAAUCUUUGCCAAGAAUUAGAAGCAAAGUUUUAUGAAGGAACUUUCAACUGGGAAAGUGUCAAGCAGCACGAUGCGGCCAGCCUGCUGAAGCUCUUUCUGAGAGAACUACCCCAGCCUCUGCUGAGCACGGAGUACCUCAAAGCCUUCCAGGCUGUCCAGAAUCUUCCAACCAAAAAGGAACAAUUGCAGGCUUUGAACCUCCUCGUCAUUCUUCUACCUGACGCAAACAGAGACACACUGAAGGCCUUGCUUGAAUUUCUCCAAAGAGUCAUCGAUAACAAAGAGAAGAACAAGAUGACAGCCGUGAAUGUAGCAAUGGUCAUGGCCCCGAAUCUCUUCAUGUGCCAUGCACUGGGCUUGAAGUCCAGUGAACACCGAGAAUUUGAAAUGGCAGCAGGGACAGCAAAUACUAUGCACUUAUUGAUUAGGUACCAGAAACUUCUGUGGACAAUCCCUAAAUUUAUUGUGAACCAAGUGAGGAAGCACAAUACUGCGCAUCAGAAGAAGGAAAGGAAAGCCAUGAAGAAGUUGCUGAAGAAAAUGGCUUAUGACCGGGAAAAACACGAAAAGCAAGAUAGAGCUGCAAAUGGUGCUGACGUUCCUCAGGGAGUGAUUCGAGUGCAAGCUCCCCAUCUUUCAAAAGUUUCCAUGGCAAUACAGCUAACUGAAGAACUAAAAGCCAGCGACGUACUUGCCAGGUUUCUGAGCCAAGAAAGUGGGGUUGCCCAGACACUCAAGAAAGGAGAAGUUUUCCUGUAUGAGAUUGGAGGAAAUAUUGGGGAACGUUGCCUUGAUGACGAUACAUACAUGAAGGACUUGUACCAUCUGAACCCAAAUGCUGAAUGGGUCAUCAAAUCAAAGCCAGUGUAGAUGACUACCCCGAGGCCAUGUCAUCAUUCUUGCUGGAUCAAGAGUGUAAAUAAAAGCAACAGGUUUCUUAACUAUUCAGCCGUACUCAAUUAUUACAGAGUGACACCCUCAAGCCUUAAAAUUAUAGAUUUUUUUGUGGCUUCCACAGUUGUUAAUUAUUAUUAUUAUUUUAGAAAAUGAGUAUUUUUGGAGCAUAAUUAAAUGACUUUUUCUAAACAA